AUGCGACAGGAGCGGAAUUCGAUAAAGUUUGUUGGUGAUGACAAGAAAAAAGAUUUGAGUUAUGGCGAUGAGAAAAUCGGCGAACUUUUCAACCGUUUGCGAGCUGAUUUGGACAAUCCUGAGAGCGAUAGCGAUUCAGCUGAGAAUUUUUUGCUGGAAAUAAAGCAAAAGUAUUCUCAAGUAUUUUCAAAGGAUCUUACCUCGCCAAUCAUUGGUUUUGAGGCGGAUCUUGUAUCGAAGGACAAUACUCCUAUUUUUAAACGAGCGUAUGAAGUUCCAUUCAGACUUAGGGAGAAAGUUAUUGAGUAUUUAGGAAAAUUGGAAAAGGAAAAUGUUAUCACUCCUAUUAAAACAAGUGAGUGGGCUUCUCCCGUCGUCGUUGUUCCCAAAAAGGAUGCGCAGGAUAUUUUCGCAGAUUUAGCGGGUUGUAAAGUUUUCUGUGCCCUUGAUUUGGAAGGAGCGUAUACUCAACUUAUGCUGUCAGAAAAAUCCAGGAAGUUUGUGGUUAUCAACACGAUCAAGGGACUUUACACUUACAACAGGUUGCCUCAAGGAGCUUCAUCGAGUGCGGCGAUUUUUCAACAGGUGAUGGACCAGGUGCUGGCUGGAUUGAAACAUAUACGCUGCUAUUUGGAUGAUGUACUCAUAGCUGGAAAAGAUUUAGACGACUGUCGUAAGAAAGUUUCUGCCGUUUUAGAUAGGUUAGCUCAGGCAAACAUUAAGGUGAAUUGGAGUAAAUAUUGUGAUUGGAAACAUUCGGCUCACAGCUCAUCGAAACCAGCUAAAGGUGCCAAGUAA